AAGACAGCCAGAGAGCAAGGAAGACAGACACGACGGCCUGAUGAAUGAAUGGGCAAACCGGCCCAAGGAGCCCUUCAGGGGCCGAGUGCUCGCAUGAACCUCUGCACACACAGGCACAUCCAUCCAUCCAUCCAUGCCGUAUUUCGGAGGGCGCCCUACAAGCGCCUCAGCUCACCCCAAAUGCGUAGACGAAUCCCUUCCCUGCGCUCAUACGCACAAACAAAAGGUUAGAGUGAAAAUGGCCGUCUGUAUCCCUUGUGGAUGUGUGUGGUGGCUGGGCUGACCUCUUCUCUGUGGCACGAACAUCCAUGGUGGCGGCCUGAGUGUCUGCUUGGCCAUCACCCCGAGCACCAACUGGAACAGCCACACCGCACUCAUCGCAUCUGGCAACCACACAACACAUUCACACACACACAAAGACAGACAGAUGCGUGUGUGUCUAUGUCUCCCUCCACUGGUGUGUGCGGUGCGUCGAGGCAGGCCUGGCCUACAUAUGGUGUUUUUGAGGUUGUCGUUUUCGCCGCACUGCGGUUCCCACUCCUUGAUGAACGUCUGGCAGGUGAGCAGGGCCAGCUGAAUUAGGUUGACGAUGGACAGCAGCCGCACACUCUGCGGCACCUUCUUGCACAGACACCCCAUCACCGACUCGAUGCAGCUCAGCUGACCCAUCUUGUCCUCAUCCUUACUGACACCACCACCGCCACCACCACACAAGCGCAUGCAGAGAGGCGCGUGUGUGUGCGCUCUCUUAGUCUCAAUCUCUGCCUCUGUGCCAAUCAAUGCUCACGUGUCGAAGUAUGCGAAGGAUGCCGACACGAUGAGGGCGAUGCAGCCCUGUAUAUAGUAGGUGGACAGCAGCAGCGCCAGGUUGACAUCCACAUUGCAGUCGGUCUGCUUGCACUUCUCACGACGGUUAGCUACAGCCGCCUGCGCAUCGGUGCUGUUGCCGGGGCCGCCAGCGAAACCCGCCAGGAACGAAGAGAAGUCGCUCCCUAUCGUCGAGUUGUCGCGCUGAAGCGACCGCAGACGGGGGCCUCUUGAGGGGUCUGCCAGCGGCCACAGCUGUCUUGGUGUCGCUGGUGGUGACGAGAAUGGGUCACUGUCGGCAAGGCGCCUUUUGUACUGUGGUGGGACGUCAUUGCAGUACUCUGGGCAUGCAUUGGCCUCGAUAGCCGCAUCGGGGCACGGCAGGAACAUGAUCCUGUCGCGCAUGACUGACAAACCAACCGCCGCGGCAACAAACAGGGAGAGAAAGGUGGGCUGCUCUGCCUGGAUUGUGAGUUUGUGUGAGUGUGUGUGUCUUUCUCUCCCAUACUGUAUGCAAAUGUGGCCGCCCCGAUAUAAAUGAUGGCGCUCCAGAAGAAGUAGAGCUUCAUGCUGCAGACACACACACCGACGCACAGACAGAGAGACCUCCGCUCAGAGCAAUGCGUGUAUGUGUCGGUGCCUACUUGAAGCUGGUGAGGAAUUUGAGUGUGGUGACGCACACGCGGCAGGCCACCUUGCUGCAUCCGAAGCACUGCUCCGCGACGCUGGGGCCCUCCAUCUUCUUCGCAAGCCGUCCGGGACGUCAACCGAACGUCAACGAGAAUGCCGGGCGUCUCAGCACUCGUCUUGAGUCUCAGCUUGGCUCGUGAUUUGCA